UCUGCACCUUUCACCCAGCUGAACGCCGAGGGUUUGGCAAAGGCCGGCCGUGCGCGGAGGGCAGCCCGCAAUUGGGACCGGGGCAGCCCUGAGCACCACCGCUGUGGUCCCCCGCGCGGACCCACGACGGCAGGCGCGUCGACGCGCCGUGCUUGGGCAGCAAUAUGAGGGGCUCACCAACAGAGGAGUUUGUGGACGCGGGCGUCGUCUUCGACGUGCGGGCCUUUUGUCCCCAGCUCAAGGACACUUCUAGGGAUGCGUUGAAGGACGUGGACGAGGUCACGCUGGUGAACCUGGACACGGGACGCGAAGCGACGCACGAGCUCGGCGAACAGCUGCCCAGGCUCGAAAGACUACGGUUCCGCCAGUCGAAGCUUUGUUCCUUCCGUGAUUUAGGUUGUGACUUGCUGAAUCUGAGGGUGCUGCACGCGGCGCGAUGCGGUGUGUCUGAUUUUGAUGGCGUCGCGGCUCUGCCCGCGCUGGAGGAGCUCUACCUCUCGUUCAACGACGUCGAGGACUGCACGGCUUUGGCGUUUCAGGAGAACUUGAUGGUCCUGGAUCUGGAAUCGAAUCGAAUAGGAGAUGUAGCUCAAUUAGACGCGUUGAGCACGUGCGACAAGCUGUCUUGUUUGACAUUGUUAGGAUGCCCCAUCGCCUCGACAAAAGACUACCGCGAUUCAAUAGCCAUGGCCUUACCAACUCUAGAAGUGUUGGAUGAUAACAAACUAAAUGAGUCUGAUGGAGACGUCGUCGAAAACACGGAGGAGGCCGCUUUGGAUGAAUUCAUCCGGCAGGAGACGGAGUUGACGGCCUACUCCAUCAAGGCGAACGCAGGAUCAAUUCACUCGCCUUCGCACCCGUGCUGGGCGGAGCUGCGAGCCUUACGGCAAGGCGCGACGCAGUCCUCCGAGGCGUCGUCGCUGACGCACGGCGGCCGCGGCGCGCUCAAUGGGCGGCUACGACCGCAGAAGAAGGAACAAGAUCCGGAAGAGGCGGCGCUGGCCAAGCUGCGGAGCCGCGCCGCGCAGUCGCCUCCUUCCAAGCCAAAACCCUUCCUCGCGUCGCCCUCGCCUCAGAAGAGUGGCUUCCGCGUGCUCGCGCCGCCCGGGAAACCCCUGGCCGCCGCGCCGGCGAGCCCGGUCGUCGCGUCGCCGGUCGCGUCGCCGGUCCGUGCCGCCGCGACGCCGGUCGCCGCGCCGGUCGCGCGGCGCGCGAGCCCGGUCAAGCCGAAGCUCGACCCCAACGUCGUGCUGCGGCCGGCGAUCGCGUCGCGCGCAUCGCCGCGGACGGAUUUGGUGCGGGAGCUCCUCGGGUCGCCUCAGGUGCACCGCGCGGAUGCACCGCUCACGUCGGCCCAGAAGACGACGCUGAAGCGCCGGACGCGGCCGAAGAAGAAGCUCCACCACGCCGUCUCGACGUUCGAGCUCGCGAAGCGGAGUGCCGCCAAGUCGGCCUUCGCGGACCCGGCGACGCGGGAGGUGACGUAAGAGUCUUUUGUGAGA